AAGACUAUGGCCAACAGUGAGGACGACCUUAUUGGGAUCCCUUUCCCAAACCACAGCAGUGAUGUCCUUUGCAGUCUAAACGAACAGCGGCGAGAUGGCUUCCUCUGUGACGUGGUCCUGGUGGUGAAGGACCAGGAGUACCACACACAUCGCUCUGUACUGGCUGCAUGCAGUCAGUACUUUAAAAAACUCUUUACUAUGGCCACAAGCAACAGCGACCCCAGGCAACAUGGUAUCUACGAGCUGGACUUUGUAGCACCCGAAUCCCUGACCGCUAUUUUAGAGUUUGCAUACACGUCCACCCUGACAGUUACACCGUCUAAUGUUAAGGAGAUCCUGGGGGCGGCGCAGCUCUUGGAGAUCCCGUGUAUCAUUAACGUGUGUUUGGAAAUCAUGGACGCCGGAGGAGGUGGUGGCACUGGUCGUGAAGCAGGAGAGGGAGAUGAGGAGGAGUGUGAUGAAGAGGAUGAAGAGGCGGAUGAGGAGGAAGAGGAAGAAGAGAUGGUCACAGAAGCAGAAAAUAAGUCAAAAGACAGCAAGGUUAAAGAAUGCGAUGAGGACAAUGUGAGUGAAAGAUCUGUCCAAUCAGAUGCUUCAGAAAACCAAGGGAUUCAAAUUGGUAAGGGGGAUAGAAGAUCUGAAAGUCCAGCAUGUACCUCCCAGCAAAGGGCAUCCUCAGAGAGAGAACUGACACACUUUCAGUUAAACUCUCAAAAACGCUUAUCAAAUAAUGCAGGCAAACCCAGAGAUCAAGAGGGACUGGAGGGCAGGUCAUUAAAAGACUUCUCAAUCGAGUCCCUACUCCAGGAAGGACUGUACCCUAAAAUGUCAGGGCUGGAAAGAAGCUCAAGCUUCUCUUCUAUUCUACCAGGAUUUUACCCCCCAAUAUGGGCUGCAGAGUUUCCAGGCUUCCCACAGAUUUUAGAUCCCCAAUGCCAACCUCAUCCUUACCCACCUCCUUCACUAGAAAAUGGGCCAUUGGAUCUUGCUAUCAAAAAAGAGGUCAUCAAAGAGGAGGUAAAGGAUGACCUCCCAAAUUCUCUGCAACAUAGAGACUUUCUCAAAGACUUCCCUGUUGGUGCAGGUCAUGAAUCGUCUCUUAGACAGAUAAAGGAUGAAUCAGAUCUGCGGAACUACUUGAGUUUCCUCUCAGCAUCCCACAUAGGAACACUGUUUCCACCGUGGCAGCUGGAGGAGGAGCGGAAGCUAAAGCCCAAAGCAUCACAGCAGUGUCCCAUUUGCAACAAGGUGAUUCAGGGCGCAGGCAAACUACCUCGGCACAUGAGGACGCACACGGGUGAGAAGCCCUACAUGUGUACCAUCUGCGAGGUCCGCUUUACGAGACAGGACAAGCUAAAGAUUCACAUGCGCAAGCAUACAGGAGAGCGACCCUACAUGUGCCUGCACUGCAACUCCAAGUUUGUGCACAACUAUGACCUAAAAAACCACCUACGCAUCCAUACAGGGGUACGGCCCUACCAGUGUGAGCACUGCUACAAGAGCUUUACCCGUUCUGACCAUCUGCACCGGCACAUUAAGAGGCAGAGCUGCCGGGUCUCACGGCCACGUCGAGGGCGCAAGCCUUCCUCCGCCUGGCGCGCUUCCCCUGGCUUUCUCUACCCUCCAGAGACCCACCCACUCCAAGGGGAUCAAACUCUGCGUUUGCCCUCUCUCAAUGCACCUGUGGCGCCUCAGCUGGCUGACAGAAGCCACAAUUUGGAUGGUAACAGCAGCAGAGAGAGUCUGCCCGACAGGAAGCUUAUCUCAGAGGAUAUAGACAGGAAGAGGGGAGUGUUUGCAUUUACCCUGGCAAGAGAGGACGUUCUAGCACACCCAAGCUUCUACCCACCAGCCCCUGACCCCUGGACCGUGAGACUGGACCGAGCACCACCCGUUCCCGAGGCCGCAAACUGACCCCGUUCAUUUUUGGCCACGCACAAACUUUCAAUUUGUGACUGAGAACAAUACAGGCUCAACUCUGACGCACUGUCUAUAAUUAACAGAAUUUUUAA